AUGAUUGAGGAGAAAAACCUCAAGAAAACAUUCAUCAUAGCUACACUAUGCAGCACCCUCGUCGGAACAUUCACUUCCUCAAUGGGUCUCUGGGACCGCGUCAAAGAAAAGCGCAAGCAAGCCAAGCGCGACACGACCCAAGACAAGGAGAUCAAAAAGCUCAAGGCCCAAGUCGAGCAAAACUCCCGCGCCCGCGACGAAGUCGAAGCCUCCUUCCAGCGCUCCGGCGCCCUCAUCAACCGCGAAUUCGAAGACGGCUACCAACGCUACGGGCAGCGCUUUGCGAUCGGCGAUGUCAUCACUGAGAAUAAGCUGCAGGCGCAGGUCAUUGCGCUGCAGCAGACUGUCAUCACCGUCCUGCAGGAUGCGGUUUAUAAUGGACGGCAGCUUGAUAGGGCUGAUAUGGCGAGGUUGAUAGCGGCGAGUGAUGCGGCGAGGGAGGGAUCGCUUGGGGCGUUGAGACAGCAGAGGGAGAGGCUUAUGGACUUAGAGGAGCCUGUGCUGCCGAAGGCGUUACCGCCGCCGAAAAGGGCAUCGACUGUUAUCAAGGAUGAUCCUCUUUAUUGUCGCUACGCCCUCGAUCUGCAAUACAUACCCGAACGACCCCUCGCAUCGACAUUUGAACCGCGGGGCGAUUGUCGCUGUCCAGCAUGCGAUGUCUUUCUCGACGUUGAAGCAGACGAUGCAUGGGCAAUUGGAAAGACAGCUACGCGCGUUAUCACAGAACAAGGAGGUUACAAGCGCGAGAUCGACGAAGAGCUCGAGUUCCACAUCAGCCCACGCUUCGUCAUAAAGUGUCACACCCCAGAAGGAGAAUUCGCCUGUGUUCUCUGCUCCCGCUUCCGCGACGGCGAUGUUCUGUGUCCGAGCGCUGAUACGCUCGUCAACCAUAUCGGGCGUGAACAUACUGUUGCGGAGAUGGAGAGAGAGCCGGACUUUGAGGUCAGGUCGCUCGAUCUUGACAAGGAGAAGCUCGUCGGGGAGGAGUGUGGUGUCGGGGAGGAGUGGGGGGAGGAGUGUGAGGGCGAUGAGUGUUGA